AUGUCGCACGUCAUGGAGCAUCCCUCUCGGGCUAAGAGAAGAAAGCUUGAUGACCCGAAACCAGCUGAACAAAUUAACAUUACAUCCGCUGCCCAGCUCCGUGAGCUGUUGGCCGUCCAGCAGAAUGCCCCGUUGGCGAGGCAAGGCAUUGUCAAGUUCAAAGAGUUUUUGGUUUCAAUCCGACAAACAGAAAAGGACCAUGAUAAAGCGCAGAAACUGCGCGUCCUCAAGUCUUAUUGCGACAAGCAAAUCAGUACCCCCACAAAAGAAGAUGAGACUGCUGUCUGCUUCCCAGAUCUCAUUGCAUCUUGGGCCUUUGGCGAUGGCAAUAACAACGAGCCCCUGUUGACCAAUGUGCCUUCCGUUCUCGCCAUUUUCCUCAAGACCAUCUCCUCAGAACUGGAAUUCCGGGAUUUCGGAAUCGCCCUAUGCAAACAUCUCCUGCAGAAAGACCAGCUGCGAUUGUUCAAUCGCGGAUUGACGGCAACAAAGACAAAGGAGCACCUGAUCUCUCCUUGUCUUCGUUUGCUCACUGAGAUCGUGACCUUCGAUGGAGGCGCAGUGGCGCGCCAGCUGUACCUUCGCCGUUACAUUACUUUCAAGCGAAUGGAGGUCUUUUUGAUUCCAAACAAAGCACAGGAAAGUGAGGAUGAGUCUAACAAGUCAACACUCAGGCGCAAUGCUCAGCGAUAUUUGCUUGCGAACUUGAGGGUGCAGCAUGCAUCCGAGAAGGGCGAUAUCAUUGAGCAGCACAAGAUCACUCGGUCCUUCCUUGAACAUAUUCGAAAAGAUUCUCGUGAAACUGUGAUGGAGAUCCUCAAAGCCAUUGAAAGGGAUGUCGUGCAAGACGCCGGACUAUCCCGGAAGUCGAAGAGCAAGUUCUUUAACCGCCACAACCUGGAACGAUUGGUCACCCUGUACGGCUAUGACCGUGAAUCAGAUGAGCCCAACCCCGAUGGAGUCUCCAUUGCCAAUGAGAUUCACCGCAUUAUGAUGAACAUCUGCAAGACUGCCGGACUUGGUGUGCUUUUGCCUGAGACAGGCUGGUACCCGACUGGAACUGACCCUGAGACUCUGCCCGCUGACGACGAUGCAAGCAUUGAAUUGGGUCUUGAUUCCCCAAUCUAUGUGGACAAGUACAGAGAGUCUGUCCCCGUGCGAAACGGCUCUCUUUCUUUCCUAAUUCAGUGUCUUCGUCCCGAUGUGGAUAGUCUCCAGAUUGAAUUGUUGAUUACGAUCUUCAAGGUUGCACCAGAACUCAUUGCCGAUUACUUCACCAGAAAGACUAUGUUCAUUUCGGACCCGAAAGCCUCGCCUUCGUGGAUGGCUGAGUCUGCCUUCCUCUUCUCGACUGUUCAAUUGCCGGUUCCGGCAAACUGUGGUUGGAAGGAUAAGCUGCCCAUUCUGCCCCCACCAGUGUCAAUUGCCAUUGAAAACAUCAUCCCUCGUCCUCUCAGUCAGAAGAUCAUGACCCGCUGCCUGAACCAAAAUGCCGAGAUCAUUACGCUUUUCGCCGUCCGGAUUCUGACACUCGCAUUCACCAAGUUGCGGACUGUUCUGAAAAUUUGGCAGGGAGAACAUGGCCAGGGGCAGCUUUUCUGGAAUCAGGCCUCUUCCAAGUUGCUCGCGGAGUUUUCUCGCCGCUGUCCCUCUAUUAAGGAUGUCGUUGUUCUCUUCCGACGAACUGCUAAGGAGGACCUCUUGCAGCAGGAGGCGGUUGCCGAGCUCCUGACAUGCUACUACGAAGUGAUGCCAGAUAUUGCCCUGGAGGAGAACUUUGACGUCUCUCUGGUUCUGGUGGAUGUUCUAAAACGAUUGGAAGACAAAGAUGUUAGCGCAGACGACUCUGAGUCCCUUUUGAGUCAACUCCAGAGUCUUCUUCAGAUCGCUCAGCAAUCUGCUUCACUGCGUUGGUGGCAAAAACCCGCCAACAUGCAAUAUUCACCCUUCACCUCGAUUUUGAAGGUUCUCAUGGAUACUGCGGAUAAAGACUCUUCGCGACGCAUAUCUACCCUGUUGAAGACUGUUUUGUUUGAGAAUUCUAUCUUGCAAAGCUCCCCACAUGCAUUCGCGUCUGUUCUGUCAAGUCUUGAGAACUCGGAGCCUGAGGCUCUGCAUCAUCAAUUGGUCUUCUUUGACAACUGUGUUUCUCGUGUUGCUAAGAAGCCUGUCCACUAUAUUGAUAUGCUUGUAUCGCUUUCCAAGGAUGAAUCGGAAUCUGCCAGCGCUCUUGUGGCUGUUAUUGUUGAACAAUGGCCAUUCCUUGUUAAGAAUGGAGAUGAGUCCAUCGAAGUUGCCGUUGGGUCAUGGGUUGCAAGCCUUCUGAGCAACCUCAAACAAGCUGGUGAAAGCAUCAAGGUACUUAAGGCUGCUCGGGACGCGUUGAUUGAAGCAACCGAGACCAAGAAGGUCAAGUCGCUUCUUAAGAAAUCUCUGAAAGGCGCAGAGGAUGCCGAUACGGAAGACAAGAUGGAAAUUGACGCCGGCUCCAGUGUGCCAUCAACUACCAAGGCUCCUAGCGUCGACCUCGACGAGAUCUUCGGAUUCCUGCCCACUGAAGGCACCACCCACAAUGCCUUGAACAAGUGGGAAAGAGAAGAAGUCGAACAAGCCGUGGAACAAGGCCGCAUCGCCGAAUUGAUUCUCUGCCUCUGCUCCCAGCACGAAGAAGUCCGACGACAGGCAUUUGCUAACAUCGUGCGCUUUAUGGCGAAGCUCAAGGAAUCGAAGUACGCAGAAUGGCGCACGGUGUACACACUGACUGGAGAGCUUCUCGAGACGGUCAACACCAUUGGCAUGGAGAAGCCCGUUCCUUGGAUUGUUGGCGAAUGCGCUGCAAACUGCCUUGCGGUUCUCACAAACCCUCUCCACAAGGUCUACGGCAAAGUCAACAAGUUCUUGCAGAAAGCACCAUCAUGGGAAGUCGAGAAAAUCCCCACAUACUGGGUCGACAAGAUUCUGCUCCAUGAGCCUGAAUUGGAUGACGGCUAUUUCGAUGAGAUUGACUGGUUGCUUGGUCUCUUUAUCAAGGCACUCCGCACCGAGGCUGAUAUGGAAGUAUACAGACGUGCAAAUGUCUUUGAGCGCAUUCUUUCCCUUUACCAGUCCCCCACUCUCGGCCCAGCUGCUCAACGCAAGAUCCUGCACAUCAUCUACCGUGCAGCCCAAGUCGGCGGUAGCACUACCCUGAUCACCCGCUCCGGUGUCAUCAGCUGGAUCCAGAUUCAAGCUGCCGAAGCCAGUGCAAAGGAUGUUCCCCUGCUCUCUGCCCUUGCGUCAUCACUGUAUAAGACUUGUGAUCGGGAGCGUGUGGAUAGCUGGAGUAACGGGACUCUUGGACGAGUCAUUGAUGGUAUUCAGGGACAGGCAUAG